GAACCACCCGUGGCGCGUCUUUGAAACAGUGAAAGUUGUGAACAAGGCCGGAAAGCUUCGAUCUCGCUGCCACUCGCCGGGCCUGCCUGGUUCCUGCCCGGUGUCGGCCCGGUCCAGUCGUACCAGCACCCCUCGGACCAGCUACUACGGUUCUGAUAAUGCCAGUCUCACCCUGGAGGACAAACCCAGCUCCAGUCACGCCCACAAAGUCGACAACAGCGUUUGGGGGCCGAAGCGGCUGGGCCAGCCAGGCACACCCGGAGGUCUGGACCUGGAAGCUGCCUUACGCAGCCUGUCAGUCCGUCAGCAGAACCACUCAUCCGAGCGGCCGUUCUUUGACGUGGAGCGUGAACGGAAACUCCGCGCUUUGGCGGCAAAGGCUGAAGAAGGCGACGGCUCCAGCGGCUUUUUGACCCCAAACGAUAGCCUGGGCUCGAGUCCGGCACCAUCGACGAGCACCAACUACUCCAACGGCAGCUCCCGGCACUCCUGUGGCUCCUCGGCAGGAUCCAGGUCCUAUCUGCCCGACCGGCUGCAGAUUGUUAAACCUCUGGAAGGCUCGGUGACUUUGCAUCAGUGGCAGCAGCUGGCAAAACCAAACCUGGGAGGCAUCCUGCAUCCACGCCCGGGCGUCCUUACCAAAGACUUCAGGGAGCUGGACGUGGAUGUGCAGCACGUGUACAGCCUGAAUGACCUGGAGGAGGACGAGCCGGACCUGUCACAGUUCUGUGGAGCGCACGGCACGGUCUCUCCAUCAGGUCCAAACCUCCCUCAGACCUCCCCCACCCAUACCAUAACCACCUGUCAGAUCAGCCAACCCUCCCUCCUCACCCCCUCCACCUCCACCAGCUUUCACUCUUUCAGCAUGCCGCCUGGUCGGAACCGUGAGCACGUAAGCUCUUCAUCCCCAUCCCUCCACCAGCCUUGGGGCCACUAUGGAGACUGGACCGCCAACACCAACAGAACCACUGCUAACAGAACUGUAGCUAACAUAACCACCAUGCCAUCACUGGGGCUCCUGCAGCUGUUGCAGGAACACGGGAUCUCAGCUUCUCCUCCUCUCCACCACAGCCAUCAUAUGAACUUCUCCACAGAAAAAGGUGAAGGCAGCGGCUCAUCGCUGGACGAUGGCAGAAGAAGAAGAAGCCUUUUUAGUUUAAACCUGGUUGGAAAGCUUGAGAGUCUAGGCUUGCACAGAGUGACAGGUUGGGGGAUUACGGAACAGCGAAAGAGGAGUGAAACAUCCUGAAGUAGUGUGGAUUUAUGACUUCCUGCUCUCAUGCCCCUACUGUGGCGUGCGGAUCACAGCCAUCCUAGAUGUUUGUUGUCUCAGGACCGUCACUGUCUCACAGACAGACUUGUGCAAAACAAAUGUUCAUAUGCUGCUGUUUUUAAAAGAGGGACUAUGUCCCGCUGGGCGAGGGGCUCGUCCAGGUUGUAUUAUCACAUCUCUCUCUGUCCGUCUGGAGCUAGAUCUCAACAACCAAUCAGGUGUUUUCAUUCAUAUUUGGUGUGAUCUUACUUCCUAUUCCUGCUGUGAUGUCAUCAUAAUCUAAACAGUUUGACAGUUAUGAACAUAAAAUGUUCAAAUUUCAGACUUUCAAUAUAAAUGUGGGCAUUUACUGCCCCCUACUGACUGUAUGAAGACUGUGAAGGAUCUGUGUGUGUGUGUGUGUGUGUGUGUGUGUGUGUGUGUCUCUGUCUGUCUACUGCCACCUUGUGUCUGUUUGGUGACAUUGCACCUGAAACAUGAAUUGCUGCAGACGUGAUGUUGGGGACUGAAAUCAGAUGGUUUUAUGUGUUUUUUUUCAAACAUUUAUGUGUUUGUAGCUCUGCUGUUUAGAAAAAUCAGUCACGAUGAGGGAGAGCGGGUUCAUAAGUAAUUGGACAGUUUUGAUUCUUUGGUGCUCAAGUCCAAAUUGAAAGAAAGUUCCGAAUAAAGAGAUAAAACUUAAUAGUGAUCUCUAAUCUGGUGUGUUCUUUGAAGCCACAUCUCAGCACCAGAACAUGAGGUCCAGUGGGACGGACAUGCCCUGUCUGAGUUUCCUUGUUUGUGAAGUUCAUAAUCUUAAUUCCUCUGUUAGCUCUGGAACUUUUAAUGUUUCUGUAUUAUUUUUUCCCUUUUAGAGGAUUUUUCAGGCAGUUGAAUUUUAUUUAUUUAUUUAUUUAUUUUUAAGUGUCUUUGAUGUUUUGUUUUUUUUCCUUAUUUUGGAGGGGGGGUGAUGGACUCUCAGCACUCCUGCAUGUGCACCAGCUGAGCAGAUGUCCAGAUACUUUUGAUUUUCUGAAUGUGUUUGGAUGUUGAAAAACUCACAGCUGAGAGUCUUUACGUGAUUUAUUUGAGUUAAAAGGACGUUGGUCUCUGUCCAAAUACUUAUGGACCUGAGCUGUUCUGACUCCUGGGAGGCUGAGACGCCACCGUCACGCUCACACCGACCGGUUUUAACAACUUGAACCAGAAUCAAGCACCAUCAAAAAACAAU